AUGUCCCCUUUCCAGGCCUUGUAUGGUCGUCAACCACCGACUAUUCCCUACUACACUCGUGGUUCCACUUCAAUUCAAACUCUUGAUGCUGCGCUCAUUGAUCGUGAUGAGCUCCUUCGAGUUUUUAAGGACAAUUUACUUGCUGCUCAGAAUCGGAUGACUCAAAAGGCCAAUGUUCAUCGCCGUGAUCUCAAUCUUUCUAUUGGUGAUCUAGUUUUGGUUCGCCUUCGCCCAUACCGUCAGACUUCGGUGCGCCGACAUCAUUAUCACAAAUUGUCUAAGUGUUAUUAUGGCCCUUUUAGCAUUAUUGAACGCAUUGGUCCAGUUGCUUACAAGUUACAGCUGCCACCGGAGAGUCGUAUUCAUCCGGUUUUUCACAUUUCAGCACUCAAACCAUUUAGGGGUACUGAAACUCCUCCUCCAUGUGACCUUCCAGUUGAUAGUUUCAACAAUCAGCCGCUUGAGCAACCAGCUGCAGUUUUAGCUCAUCGCACUGUACUAAUUCAGAGCCUGCCACGCGCCCAGAUUUUGGUUCAAUGGAAGGGUGCACCAGUUGAUGAAGCUUCAUGGGAAGAUCUGCUCACUUUCAAAAAAUGUUUUCCCUCCUUCCACCUUGAGGACAAGGUGGUUUCUGAAGAUGCGGGGAGUGAUACGCACAAGUAA